UUGACGCCAUUCAACAGACGUGUAUUCAUCCCAAUUGUUAUUUUUUACUAUAAGUUUUUAAAUGAUUCUAAAAAAUGUACAUUUACGAGUUACCAUUUGAAGUGAACAGAGAGUUGUGUAGAUUGCUCGACAAUGACGAAGAAUGGAAGGAAUUAGCUGGUGUUCAUAUGAGAUAUUCACCUUUUGAUGUUAACGAGAUAGAAAGAGAAGCAAAGCAUAAAGUAUUAUCACCGACCGCACAGCUGUUUAUAAAAUGGGGCCAACUUAACCAUAGAGUAGAAGAACUUUUCAUUCUUCUGUACCGAAUGAAGCAUGUACCAGCUCUGAGAUGUUUAGUACCAGUAGUGGAUAGCCGGUUCCACAGACUGUUAAGCAAGCAUGAUGUAACUCGAAGUGUUAAGUCAAAGAAUUCUGAUGUUGAUAAUGUUAAACGUCCAGCAAAAAUGGAAGGAAGUAACAGUUCAAUACCGAUACCUGUAAUGCUCAUGCAAAAUGGUAUAAGUCAUAUGUUACCGAACAUAAGGUCACUUGAAGCGCUAAGUAAUGGAGACUCCAGUUUACAGUCCAGCUCGAAUAAUACAAGUGGUGACGACUCUAAUUUGAAAACGCCUUCAAAUCUUAAUGAUGAGUUGAUAAAGAAGAUAUCAGCAAUACCAAUGGUACAUUACGAGGAACUGAAAGCAGCAACAGACAACUGGAGCGAAAGUAAUCUAUUAGGAAAAGGUGGAUUCGGACAGGUUUAUAAAGGUGUGUGGAAGCUGUCAGCUGUUGCUGUCAAACGUCUGUUGACAAGCGACUGCAGUAAUAAUAAGGAGUUGAUAGGAGAAAUGUGUCUCAAUCAGUACAGACAUGAUAAUAUCCUACCACUUUACGGGUACAGUCUUGGUGGUCCGGAGGCGUGCCUGGUGUACCAGUACAUGUCUGGCGGGUCGCUGGAGAAGCGGCUGCGCUGCCGCACCGCGCACCCGCCGCUCACCUGGCCGCAGCGCUACAAGAUCGCACACGGCGUCGCCAGAGGUCUUCAAUAUCUGCACACGAUGGCGGGCACCCCCCUCAUCCAUGGCGACAUCAAGCCUGGCAACAUCCUGCUGGACCAGUGCAUCAUGCCCAAGAUCGGAGACUUCGGUCUCGCGAGGAAGGGACCAUAUGGGGAAGAACGAACUCAUAUGAAAGUUUCAAGAGUUCACGGCACGCGGCCGUAUUUACCUGACGAGUACUUACGCUCCCACUACCUGUCGCCGGCAGUGGACGUGUUCAGCUACGGCGUGGUGAUGCUGGAGCUGGCCACCGCGCUGCCAGUGCUGGACAGGACCAGGACAGUCCAGUUGCUGAGGGACUACAUCAUACAGUUACAGAACAGACCCGCUUUAGAUCUAGCGUCCCUCGAGGACCGCAACAUCCAGGGCAGCGUGCACUCCAACCCCGCGCUGUGCAGGGAGAUCAUCUACAUCGGGCUGCACUGUACGCGCUACGAGCGGCACGAGCGGCCCGCCAUGCUGCACGUCUACAAGCAGCUGGACAGCAUGCAUGUACCUGACUGCUACUGACCAUCAUCAGCUCACUUUAGGUCCCCACCGAGGGGUUUGGAGCCUACCCUAAGAUUUUUUUAUGGGCGGCUCUGUGCCGCCCUCUCGUCAGCAUCCUCUUGCCCUUAUCCCUUACGGAGGGUCAGCACAGUAUGUGCUACUCUUCCAUAUAUCUCUAUCAGCCGUCAUAUCUGA